UUAUUCCCAUGAUUCCAAGGGGCCCUAGUGCCAACAUGGCGGCCGUUCAUCACUCUACGUUGCCAAAAGAAGUCCGUGACAAUUUGAGCUUUUGGGAGGGAAAAGAAACAAACUUGGCUCCCUUGACUGACAGGCAAAAAGACAGUGCAUUAGAACUGUCGGCUCUUUCAACUAGAAGAGAAAUCCCUGAUGAGCUACCUGAUGAUGACUACACCCAUGUUCCUGCCAAGAGAAGCUUGAGUGAAAGCAGCAAAGAAACACAGUUAGACAUUGCAAGUGUCGACCUUGGAGAAGAGAAAAUUGAAAAUGCACAACAGUUCUUUACAUGGUUUGCUCAAGUGGAGGCUCAAAUGGAAGAGGAGCAAGAGUCAUCGUACCGUUCUUAUUCUGAUCAUCUCAAGAAAUUUCGAGAUCACUGUGACUCAAUUCUAGAGGAGAUUGAGGCCGCUUUAUCACAGUUACAUGAGCUUCAGCGGCAACAUGUCAUGGUGUCGACAAAGACGGGGGCUCUUCAUGGGGCAUGUGAGCAAUUGCUACAAGACCAGACAAGGCUUGUGAACAUGGCAGAGAGUAUCAGUAAUAAGUUGUCAUACUUCAACACUCUGGAGCACCUGAGACAUAAACUUAAUUCUCCAACACUGUCCGUGAAUAGUGAAUCAUUUGUGCCACUGUUAGCUCGACUGGAUGAGUGCAUUUCCUAUAUUGCCAGCAAUCCGCAGUUCAAGGAGUCCUCGAUAUAUCUAACAAGGUUCAAGCAGUGUCUAAACCAGGCGUUAAGCCACAUCCGAUCCUACAUUAUCUCUCUUUUGAAACAUGCCACAUCACAAGUACUAAAUAACAAGGAUGCUGGCAAUGCUGAAAACUCUUUUGCUCUAUUCUAUGGCAAGUUUAGGACAUGUGCCCCUAGGAUAAAGUCACUGAUGGAGCAAAUUGAGCAAAGAUCUCACAUGACCUCGGAGUAUGCCUCACUUCUCACAGACUGUCAGCGGUGUUACUUCGAGCAAAGAUCACAGCUUCUCACACCUUGUAUCACCGACGCAAUUGAAAAGCUGUCCAAACAGCAUGAGAAGAACCCUUGCCAACUGGUUCGUUCUGGAUGCUCCUUGUUGAUUCAUGUCUGCCAGGAUGAAUAUCAACUGUAUCAUCACUUCUUCUCCAAGACAUGCAUCGGGCUAGAUACACUUCUUGAAGGUCUGUGUAACAGCUUGUACGACUGUUUGCGUCCGGUCAUCAUACACAUGAACCACAUGGAGACUCUAGCCCAGCUCUGCACUAUACUCAAGGUAGAGAUGAUAGAAGGUCAUGUUCAACAGAAAGGCGAGGAACUUGCAGCCUUUGAGGUGAUCAUUGACCAAAUGACAGAAGAUGUUCAGGAACGAUUGGUAUAUAGAGCACAGGCCUACUUCCAAACCGACAUUCUGAUGUACUCACCCGCUCCAGGAGACUUGGCAUACCCAGAUAAGCUCCUCAUAGAUCUCAGUGAUGACCAAUCGGAGACAGAAAUUGGGGGUAGGAAGAAGUCGUCUUCAGAGUUGCCGGCAGCGCCUGCUGACCUUCAGGGAAUGUGGUACCCAACAGUGCGGAGGACAAUAGUGUGCCUCUCCAAGCUUGACCGCUGCAUCUCGAAAGAGACGUUUGAGGGGCUUUCCCAAGAGGCGCUGUCGGCCUGCAUCAAGUCUCUGAAGAUCGCCAGCGCUCUUAUCACCAAGAGAAAGGACCCGAUCAAUGGUCACCUGUUUCUGAUCAAGCACCUCCUGAUUCUGCGCGAGCAGAUCGCUGCAUUCGACGUGGACUUCGCCGUGAAAGAAGUAUCUCUAGACUUCAGUAAGAUGCGGACCGCCGCAUACGGACUCUGGAGCAAAAGUGGUCACAUCUUCUCACUAAACAGCAGUAACGCGAUCUUGGAAUUUCUACUCGAAGGCGCGCCUCAGCUCACCGAAAGCUAUCUAGACUCCAAGAAGGAGGUGGACAGAGAGUUACGAGUGGUCUGCGAGCAGUUCAUCCAGCAGGUUUCAGAAUCGUUUAUUUCUCCUCUUUCCGCCUUCAUCGGUAAGGUGAAUGUAAUACUGAAGCUCGCAGAGGACGAAGGGAAGGACAAGAGUGCAUUCCUCAGGCAGCAGCCUUGGGCGAAACCAGAAAGCGUUCGUAAGGUGGUGAGCGAGACGUACAUGAUGCUCAAGUCCAAACUCCCUAGCACUCUUCAAAGCAUGGCGCUUUUCCUGGCCAACAAGGACACUGAGCACAUCCUCUUUAAACCCGUCAAGACGAAAGUCCAGGAGUACUAUAAACAGAUGAACGAGCUGAUUGCAGAGACCUACACAGAGGAAGACUCGCAUAUCAUUGGCUGCCCUUCCAUUCAGCAGGUCUCGCUCUUACUGGCGGUGUCGUAAUAGGUCUUGAAUUACAUUAUUUGAUAAAUUUAUUAUUUAAUUUUUUUUAAGUGCUUGUCUAGAUAUCAUCGAUCUCGCCCCCAGGGUCUCACGCCAUAAAAAAAAAUUCCCAGAUUAUGGGAACGUGUUAGACAAGUAAUGGGCCACGCGAUACCAUGAUUUUCAUUAUUAUGCGAGCUUACAACGGUUUCCAACAACUAAACGGCUUUCUAGCUUCCGUCAGUUAAACUAACGGAAUUGCAUUUGGUGCUAUCUAAUUGGCGCGAUGUGGCAUGAUUGGAAACCAGUUUAGUGCUAAGCAACGACGGAUUUUGAUUGAAGGAAGCCAGAAGGCGAUCGGGCUGCUGGAUAUCGUCAACGUUAGUUCACAUGAUAUUGAAAACCACAGUACCAGCUGUACAGAUCUUACUUAUUCCACCACGGUGCGCAAAACCCACUUGGGUAGUUAUGUAUCAGUGUCAAAUGCAGGAUCACUUUGGGGGGGGGGGGGGGGGGGGAAGGGGGAGGCAACCAUAUGGCCUGAGGUGAAUUCGUGGAUUAAAGUUCCAAUACUUUUCUAAGAUUUUCUUCCUGUUAGGGGAUUUAGAACACACGACCAGAGGUAGUCUAAAUUAAUCACACAUAAAAAUUAGUGAAAAUGUAAAAGUAUAUAAUUACAUGUCUUGGGAAACAAUAUAUUUAUGGACCACGUAAUAUUGGCAGCUAUAGAUGACAAUUGUAUAAGAGUGCAUACUUUAUUGAUUUGUUAUUGCAAAUAAUUCUAUUCUAUUUACAAAA